AUGAGCAUGCUGAAGUCUUUGAAAAGUAAAUAUAAAUUGAACAUGUUGGGGUUGGUUGAAACAAAAAAAGAAGUGAUUACUAAAUAUGAGGUUGCAAGGCUUUGGGGAUCUAGUAAUGCUGGUUGGGAUUUUGUGGAAGCUGUAGGAACAGCGGGGGGUCUGUUAUUAAUUUGGGAUGAUGGAGUGUUUCAAGUCCGUCACAGAUAUAAAGGUGAGAGGUGGCUGUGUGUUGAAGGCAUCUUAACAAGGACCAACUUUUACUGUGCUUUUUGUUUGGUGUACGGGGCGCAUGGGAGGGAGGCAAAGAGGGGGGUGUGGGAGGAACUGAGUUAUGUGGCAGGACUGUGUCAGGUUCCGUUCUGUUUUAUGGGGGACUUUAAUGAAAUUUUACAUGUAGAGGAACGGAGAGGUAAUACUGGGUUGACACCUUCUGCGGAAGAGUUUAAAUUCUGGUUACAGGACAUGAACCUUGUGGAUCUGCCACUUACUGACAGGAAGUUUACAUGGUUUCACGGGCGCUCUUGCAGUUGCAUAGAUAGAGUUCUGGUUAGUUUGGAAUGGCUAGAAGAGUUUCCAGAGGCACAUCUGCGAGGUGGACCAAGGGGUUUGUCAGAUCAUUGCCCGCUAAUAGUGGAGGGUAGAAAGCUGAGAGGAGGUCCGAGGCCGUUCCGGAGUCUUGAUUCGUGGUUUACGCAUGACGGGUUUCUCAGGAUGGUGAAGGAGGAAUGGAGAGGCUUGGGGGAGCUACAGUUCUUAGAUAAAUUGAAAGCGCUGACAGGUCCACUGGGAAGAUGGCAUAAGGCAAAUUUUGGUGAGAUGGAUAAGAAGAUUCUAUUAUUUGAGGAAGAGAUCAAGAAGAUAUUUCAGUUUAACCGUUGA